AGCCUUAGUUGCAAGGACGUUUUAUAGAUUGAACGCAUAUUUUAAUAAGAGGCGCAUUGAUAGUGCAAAUUGGACGAGUAAGUACACUCCAAAAAAUGAGAUUAUUUUGCAGAAAAGGAUUGUGGCUGUGAGAACAUGUAGAAUUGAACAAUUCAACAACAAUGAGUGGGAGGUUAAAGAUUGUGAUGGUACAUACACCGUUCAUCUCGACGAUCAGGAGUGCAGUUGUACUUGUAGUAUACCACAAUUACAGAAAAUCCCAUGUCAACACGUUUUAGCGGCUAGUUCCAAUCAAGAUGGUGGUGCUAGAUUGCCUUAUGACCGGUAUUGCUCAGCUUGGUAUUCAACAAAUCAUUAUCGGAAGGCUUAUAAGGAGAGUUUUCAUCCUCCCGAUGAUACUCGCUAUUGGCCGGAAUUAUAUAUACCGUACUUAUUACCACCUAAGCACAAAAGACAAGCUGGACGACCAAAAUCCGUACGCAUUAGAUCUACCAUGGAUCAAGGUCGUGAAGGAGUAGCGUCACGAAUCCGAUGUGGACAAUGUAAUCAAUUAGGACAUAAUAGGUCUCGUUGUCCAUCAAGAGCAAGUAGAUAGCAAUUAAUUUGUAUAUACACGAUGCUUCCCGGACCGGAUAAUGAUGAAGUCCUUUAUGAUCAGUCACGCCACCGUUCGGAGAGCAUAUCAUUGACAUCGAGAGGACAAGAGCUGGUUAUGAUUGAUCAUAGCCUUGGACAUACGUGCUGGCCACUUGAUGAUCCUCGCAUCAUUGCCCUAGUAUCCCAAGCCGGUUUUCUUACUUGCUCAAAAUUGAAAUGGAUGAAGCUCGAUUGGGCACUGCUUAACGCGUUGAUGGAUAGAUGGAGGCCGGAGACUAAUACUUUCCAUCUACGUGUCGGCGAGACAACUAUUACUCUCCAGGAUGUAGCAGUGAUCCUAGGUCUCCGCAUUGAUGGCCCUUGUAUCACGGGGACUGAUAGGCAUGUUUGGCGAGAUGUAUGUGAUAAUUUGUUAGGAAUAUCUCCGGAGUCCUUGCCUGGAGGGUAUAUUAGAUUGAAGUGGCUUAAGGAGAGUUUUGGAAACCCGUUGCCACAAGAUGCACCUGAAGUGAUGAUCCAACAGCAUGCGAGAGCAUAUAUUAUGCACAUGAUCGGGACACUUCUUUUUCCCGAUUCAAGUAAACAUAAAGUCCAUUUGAGGUGGUUACCACUUAUCGAAGACUUCGACAUGUGCGGGACAUUAUCCUGGGGUAGUGCUGUUUUAGCAUACCUAUAUCGAGAAAUGUCAAAGGUUGCUUUAAUGCAGAAUAAGGAGCUCAAGGGUUGUUUAACUUUGCUACAAGUUUGGGCAUGGGAAAGAUUGGUUUUGAAACCACGAUUAUGCGAGAUCCGAGAGUUAGAUGGACAUAUUCCACUAGGCUGCAGAUGGAAUGUCACAAAAGCUUAUGAUGAGACCCCGGCUAGGCAAUUAGACUUUUACAGAGGGGAGCUCGACCGGAUGAAAAUUUUUCAGUUCGAGUGGCAGCCAUACACCCCUCACCUACCUCGUCUACCGCUGAUUUGUAUGGAGGGCCACGGCAUAUGGAGGGCCAGAGUUCCUCUCGUUUGUUUCGAGAUUGUGGAGAUGCACGUACCCGAUCGCGUGUUUAGACAGUUUGGACUCGCGCAACAUGCUCCACAAUAUGUCGAAAAAAUAGAGAGAAAGGCGACUAAAGGUGGACAUCAGAUUGACUGGAGGCGCACGCAUCAAUCAUACAUAGCUCGGUGGAAUGAUCGGCAUCAACUUAUUGUCGAUCCGCUUUAUCCUCCGAUGGAAGAAGUUGAUUACAUUAAAUGGUAUUGGGGGAUUACCAGACGUUGGAUAAUCACUCAAACUACGCCUCCAGUCGACGAAAUCGAGAUUCGCUCCCAACAAUCCCGAUAUGUACCAAGAGGGGUAGAUGAGCGACGAUGGAUAGAUGCUAUGGAUGACGUCGAGGGGCUUGCAAAUGAGGGCAUAGUUACCGCCACAGGAGAUUCAGUACAUGUAUCGAUAUUGCAUCGGAUAGUGGCGAGAGUUCGUAAAGCUUUUCAACAAACUUAUGAGGAUCGACAUGAUGGUCGUGAGCAGGUGGAUCUUGACGAUACUCUAUAUGUACGCCGACGUAGGCGCGGUAGACCUUGCACGCACGACGAUGAAGCCGGUCCGUCACAGCAAGCCGGUCCGUCACAGCAAGCCGGUCCAUCACAGCCCCACACACAACCGGAGAGCGAGCAUAUUCAAGCUCAAGUCGAAGGAGGACGCCGACGAUCUCAACGAGUGCGAAGAGAGAGACAACGGGGGAGGGUGGAUUUUUUAUUUGUUAGUUUUUCCACUAAGAUAUAUAUUGUCGUAUGGAUUUAUUGA